UCCGGCUCUGGAGAGAGAAGGAAAACUCACUCUGCUCCGCGAAAGCGAGGGAGGGGAGGCGACGUCUUGGUUAUUUAGCGAAUAUAAAGUGUACCCAGCUAAGGGAUAAGGCUAGUUACAAACCAGAAAUAAGCCUGCAAACAUGAAUAUCGAGGGAAGCUUCGUAGUGGCUGGUUUGUUGACAAGAAACAAGUAUCGACUGGUGCUGAUCUGAUCUGGACGAGCAACUCGCCGAGGUCCAUAGAGAAAAACAACACUUUAAAGAAACGUCAGAACAACAGCGACUCUUCAGUGAAUUUAGCUUUUUUUAUCAGAUAUUUAGUGAGCCCUUUGAGGUGUUUUUUCAUCGGCUGGUAGCUACUAGUCUUACGAAUAGAGAUGGAUCGAGGUGGCUGCCAAAUGAGCGGCGGUGGUGACGGCGGGCCCGACCAACCCGGAGGGAUGAUCAGCCUGGAGGACCUGGAGUCUUUCUCCGAGGAGCAGCCGUUAGACUCCGGCAACGGCAGCCUGGAGGAAGAGGGAGAAGCCAUGGAGGAGGACCGACUGCUGCAGUACUGGCAGGACGUGGCGAGGGGACACCAAGUGGAGGUUGCUCAAGAAAUGGCAGAGCCCAUUCAACAGCUAACCAGCAACAACCAAGGACGCAGUGGCAGAGAACAAAUCCCUUUCACUCUACUCGCACGCAAAGAGAAGUGUGGGGAGGUGCUGUAUGAGAAACGCCAGUAUGAAAAGGGCCACUGGGCUUGUGUAACAAUGCGUGAGGAGACUUAUGAACAGAGCAUCUGCUAUGGUUUUAUGAAGCUUAUGAGAUACAUCUGCCAGCAGAACUCCUUGGAUAACUACCUGGGCAUGACGCUGCCCAUCGUCACAGUGGUGCACACAAAUGAGAACCAUACUGUGAUCUCCAAUGACGUCACUGUGGCGUACUUCCUCCCCAUUGAGCAUCAGGCCCAGCCCCCACAACCUCAUGACAACGAGAUCGGCAUAGAGGUCUGGCCUGCCACUACUGUAUACACAAGGCCCUUUACUGGUCCCACCAAUGAAGUGACCAUCGUUAAUCAGAUCAACGCCAUGGCUGAGGGGCUAGACGGUGUGACCGUCAAUGACCAGUUCAUCGUGGCCGGCUACACCAACCCCGCUCACGUCAACCGUCAGAACGAGAUCUGGUUCCUAGAGCGAUGCUGAGGGACGAGGAAAUAGAGCAUCAUCUUAUCUGUGACCCUUGAGCUUCAUAAAAGACUCCCCAAAUACUGCCGCAGCUCAGCUACAGCCUCAGGUGCAACCCAGUCUUUCCCCCCACACCACCCCAUCACCUCUACCUGAAAUGACCACCAGCCCCAGCACACUCCACAUCAGUAGAGGCCUACUCAGCCCUUACUCUACCCUCAGUGAAGUUUCAUUCAUGUUCAUUUAGGUGGAUCUUCAUUUCACCCAUAAGAACUGAUCCAGACCACUGCCAUAUACACUCUCACGAACACAACCCAGAUGUUAAAAGGCACAAUGAGUAGGAUUUGUCAGAUUAUAAACACAACAUUCACAGUUGGCCAACGAUGAGGGUUACGGUGCUCACAAGCGGGUAAAAGCCAACCCCAGAUUCAUUCUCGUUUUGGACCGAGCUUUGUCCACUUGGUGUUUUGCAUCGCUAUAUUUGCGGGGGGGUUUCGGCGCUGUGUCCGCCAUUUCCAUAGCUUUAGCUUCCGUAUGCAUGCUUACGACCUGGUCGCUAGGGAUGUCCCAAGGAUAUUUUUUUCGACUCUCUCUCUUGUCCCGUGUGUGUGAAAUCUGACUCCUGCUACACUGUGCUGGGAAUCCGUGUGGAGCAGACACUUUCACUUCAGUUUGUAGCGUCCGUCGUCCGACUAUGUAUUGAUAACACGGCGCUGAUACACGAAAAUGAAUUAAAUGGGGUUUUUUUCUAUUAAAAAAGCAAAACUAUGGUGGGGGCAGUGAGCAAGCAAUGUAAUCUGUGUAUGCUUAAACACUGCGUAACACCGGUAAUACCGACUACCACAGCAAGCCUACUGGUCACUACGGCCAGAAAUGUCCCGAAACAAAAUAAGAAAAGACAGACAGAGGUACUGAGAUACACACACCGACCACACACUUCUAGUGGGUCAUAAGUGAUGAUUGAGAGGGAUUAUUUUUGUACGAGUCCAUACAUUCAUUUUAAGGAAAAUCCUACUCAUUGUACCUCAAAACAACCUUUCCUAAGCACAAGACCCUCUAGUUAAAAGGUAAAAUAGUUAACACUCUGUGAACACGGUGAUUGCUGUCAGAAACAUGCAACAGCCCAUCUUUUCACAGCAGAAGCAGUUACCCCAUUGUGGACACGCAGCCGCCUUAUCGUGCUCCCUUUCUGUUUGUUGCACAGCUACAACGUCUUGUCAUGUGGGGUGAAGGUCAGUGCACAACAACAUAGUUUCAUUCUCUAGCUUGCUGAGGUGAUUUCAACUCUGUCAAUGUCUGCUUCUUUUUUUUUUUUAUCUCUGGACUACAUGAUUCACUACAGGUUAACUGCAUUACCAGUUAUAUUGUUUUCUCAGUAAGUGCAACAUAUACCAACACUUUACAAGCCAGUUAUUACAGUUGCUGGGCCGCUAACCUAACCCAAUCUAAAGGGUGCGUUCAUCCGUUGGUACUGUACGGUGGUUAGGAAGGGGGACCUGCAACAUGCAACACAACCCGACAGACAACAUCCAGACCAGAACUGGUGGCUUAAAAACCAUAAAUAAGCUCAACACAACAGAUGACGCUAAUUUAGAAAACAUGAAUGUACGGCUACAGGGAGGAUAACAACAAACGACACACUUCUACAAACCAAACACUGAAAAACUCACUGAUUUUACAGCUGAAAGACAAUCAUAAAGUACUGACAUAUAUAUACAUAUAUAAAAGUUGAUGCAUUCCUCAUUUCAAAUCUAUUCACACAUAGGAAGAAUAGUUACUUAUAUACCUCUUUCUACCUGCUACUCUUGUGUCAAUGUUAGUGAUUAUGCAUUCACUGCUGAACUGCAAAACACCACUGCCGCUGAGUAGAGACAAUGCAACCAAGAAAAGAUAUACUCUAGUUAUAAUCUUUUUUUGUUAAACUAGUUAAAGCUGUUUUUAAUGUUCCGUCACCAAUCUAAGUAGAGUCUAUACAGUUAAAGAUGUAUGUUUAUCUUCACUAUAUUUUUAAUUAAUGCAAUUCAAUAAAAAACAAAGUGAUACACCAGCUACACCUAGAGUUCACAGUAAUAUUAUAGGAAUGCUUCUGCUUUGGACAUUUACAUUUACUGCUUGGGUGCCAGUGAAAUAAAACUGGAAGUGAACGAGCCAAAUCAUCACUGUGUGAUUUAUUUUGGACAGGUGCAUAGGCGGUCAAUAAUUGAGGCCUAUUAAAUGUGUGUAAAAUGACAAGUGAAAUUCAGCUCAAAUUGUGAGGUUUCAUCUUAUUCAAUCCAGAUAAAAAAUGUUAAACAAAGAAAGUUAAGAAUGCUAGUAUUUGGUUGGGAAGGUUUCCCCAUCCUGGUUGACAUCAAGACAUCCAAAUCCAAAGAAUUUAUUUUGCAUUAUUGUAGAGUUGAUAUGAUGCUCCAUGGCAACUGUAGUGUUAAGUAAAACACUUGUAAAGCCAUGAUACAUGUGGGUUGGUUUUCCCUCUGGUUAUAUGGGAACAUCAAGUGUGAGAUUUUUUUUUCCUUUCUUUUUUGCUUAUUGUUUUAGUGUUUUGCAAAAGUGUGCUGUACUGUGAAAAUUCAAGUGCAACAGCAAGAGCUACUGUGGUUUUCUUUGUUCAAUAAAAACGUGCUUGUCUAUUGUCUUUUGAAAUGU